AGGGUCAGCGGGUCAGCCGCGCGGGUUCCGGCCCGGGCAGGCGCAGGAUGUACACGCUGCUGUCGGGGCUGUACAAGUACGUGUUCCAGAAGGAUGAGUACUGCAUCCUUAUCCUGGGUCUGGACAAUGCAGGAAAGACGACCUUUCUGGAGCAGUCAAAAACCCGGUUUAGCAAGAACUACAAGGGGAUGAGCCUCUCCAAGAUCACCACCACCGUGGGUCUGAACAUCGGCACCGUGGACGUGGGGAAGGCUCGGCUCAUGUUCUGGGACUUAGGAGGGCAGGAGGAGUUGCAGUCUCUGUGGGACAAGGUGAGCCCCUUGUGCUGCUUCCCACCAGGUGCCCCCCUGGUUCCCGGACUCUUCUUCUCACAAGGCCUCGGAAUCACCUGCUUGUCAGCAGCUUGUCACCCUUGAGCUCCUGAGGCUCCCCUUCCAGUGCCAUCCUGGGUUCUGAGUCACUCUGAUGCUGGGGACCCUUUUGAUUCCUUUUGGCUUAGAGGUGUUGCUAACGGUCCGGGAGGAAAGAGAAGGGGGCCCAGAACCAGUGUGGCGUGGUGCUCAGUCACCACCAGGCCUGGACCUCGCCACCUGGGUUCUGUCUCUGUUCUCGCUGGGGCCUGCCCUCUCUGGUGGCCCUUCCUCACCAGGCAGGGGCGUCCUCAGAGGCUGACGCCACUGUCUUCUCUUUGGCACAGGGGUUGGGGUGUUUCUGAGACAGGGGCACCCUCCCCCACACAGCCCGGGCUGGAGUGCGCCCCAGGCACUGGGGUCUGCAGGGAGCAGGACAGGCCCGGUGCCUUCCACUGGGCAGCCCCUCCCAGUGGGCCAGCAUGGGGGGUUGGGGUCCAGCACUGGGGGCUCAGAUGCUUCCUCCCUGACACUGUCCGGGGGUCUGGGUGCUUGGAAUUGAGUGGCGAGGUCCUGGUGCCCCCCAAGUGUCCCUUCCAUCGUGAGUUCCAGCCAAGAGGGUGGCUUCUGCCCUGUGGCCAGGAGGUUUGGCCGUUCAGUCACCCUGAGGCAGAGCGACUCUGGGCCGGCCUGCCUGAACCCAAGCCCUCGUACCCCCUGGCGGGAGGGCCUGUGUGCGGGGUGUGCAGACCAAGGCUCGUCUUAGGUGGGGAGGGGGUCACCGCCAGGAGUGUUCCGGAGCGUCCUCCAGUGAGCUGGCUGCUGGCCAUCCCGCCCCGCCCACAGAGCAGCCUGGCUGUGCAGGGUGACGCACAGGAAUGCCUGGGACGCGGUGGCAGGCGUCCUCUCCACAGUUCGGGCAUCCUCGGGGCUCCUUUCCGGUCGGUGCUCCAGGUGGACCCACCUGGUCCGAGCCGGUAUCCCCUGUGCCCCAGGCCCAGGGCUCCGUCCCUCUGAAGGCCCUGCUCCAUGCGCAUCUUCCUAGGGACGCCCUGUUCCCCUCGCCCCCGCCGCUCCCCCCCCGACUCUGGCUCCGGCGGGUGGGGACCUUGGGGGCCCCUGUGCCACUGCUCCCCUGGGCUGGCUGCCGGCUGCCCGCCUCGCACCGGCCCCGACCACAGAACUCUCAGCUCAGUGACCCUGGCUUGUUCCUCGGCCCUGCCGUCCUGUGCCGGGGACAGAGCUGCUUCAGACGCAGCACUGACUUGCUGUCCGCACCUGCGUGGGGCCCGAGGGUGUACUGCACCUCUGGGUCUGCCCCUAGGAAGUGGGCAAGGGAGGCGGUCCCCCCCGCCCCCCACCCCCGGGACCAGCACACCCUUUCUGAAGGGGUCCGGGAGGCCGCAGCUCCUCUGCUCUGCCUCCCCGCACCCAGGAGGCAGCCCAGAAGGGCCCUGCAGGGAGGGUGGCUGAGUGCCCCGAGCCAGCCCCCUGUCGCCCCCCCCCCCCCCCCCCAGUACUACGCGGAGUGCCACGGCGUCAUCUACGUCAUUGAUUCCACGGACGAGGAGAGGCUGUCGGAGUCCAAGCGAGCUUUCGAGAAGAUGGUCACGAGCGAGGCUCUGGAUGGCGUCCCCAUCCUGGUGCUGGCCAACAAGCAGGACGUGGAGACUUGCCUCUCCAUCCCGGACAUCAAGACCGCCUUCAGUGACUGCACCGCCAAGAUCGGCCGGCGCGACUGCCUGACCCAGGCCUGCUCGGCCCUCACGGGCAAGGGGGUGCGCGAGGGCAUCGAGUGGAUGGUGAAGUGCGUCGUGCGGAACGUGCACCGGCCGCCGCGGCGGAGGGACAUCACGUAGGCGCGGCCAGCGCCCAGACGCCUGCCGGCUGGAGCCCCCGACCUGGGCUGGGGCCGGCUUUGCCUCCGGGGCCCUCGUUUCCCUAGUUUCCUAGGACAGACUGUCCUCUGUGUCCUGGAGCGCGGCCCCGGAGGCUUCUGCCAGGGCGUGGGGGCGGCAGAGCCUGCAGCUAGCUACCUCAGGCCUGGACCCACCAAGGCCGGGAUGGAGGGCCCUGUGGGUGCUGUUGCUGCCACCCCCCUCGGGCCUGCCUGCCUGGGGUGGGGUUCGGGCCCCCCGUGGUUCCAGUGCAGCCUCAGGGUGGGGUACUGUCCGCCUGGGGAGCCUUGUGUGUCCCCCCUCCCCCCACCACCUCCCCCACCCCACCAGCCCAACAUCGACCACUUUGAUUCCUGGAGACGUGGGGAACCUGGGAAGUGGGUGUCUUCCCCGAGCACACCUACCACUCACCUGGGACAACCUCGGGCACCAGCUCAGGUGCCCAUUGUGGGGGAGGGGGGCAUGGAAGGUGGGCUGGGUCUCCAGGCUGCCCGGUCGGUGGUGUCCUAAGGCUGCGCUCCCUGCUGAGGGGGAGCUGGGUCCCCACCCAGGCCUGCGUCCCUGGCGGAGGCCCUCCAGGCAGGCUGGUCCUGGGGACCCCCUUCCCAGGCCCCAUGGGAGCUGCCGCCCUCAGCAGGCCUGGCUGCGGGCGUGUGGGUGUGGGUUUGGGGGGGGGGGAAUAAAGAGC